AUGGCCUGCACAGGAUGGUGGUUUAUCUGGAGCUACUGCUUAGCGUUUAUUCUUCUCAAGUAUGGAGAGGGAGUCCGUGUCACAGUGCGGGAGACAAACCUGGAGGUAGUGCAGGGUGACUCUGUCACUCUACCCUGUUCCUUUUUCACCAUGAUGCCUUUGUUUCGACUCAACAUCAUCUGGACCUUCAUGUCACCAUCUGACCCACAAUCUCCCACUCAGGUGAUCGUGUAUGAUAAUGGUCAGGUGAUUGAGAGUCCGGCUUUUACUGGCCGUGUGGGAUUCGCUGGCAUUCCCUGGAGUGCUGACAUCAUCCUUAACAGCACACGAGUUUCUGAUGCUGGGAUCUACCGCUGCGUGGUAAGCAAUCCACCCGAGACAGGAGACCCUGGAAUAGGGGAGCUCAGCCUCAGUGUCCUUGCGCCUCCAUCUCUGCCUGUGUGUCUUUGGGACGGGGAUGCGGGGGCGGGGGGCACGGUGAGUCUGUCCUGCAUGGUGUCGGAGGGCAUGCCGACCCCAGAGAUGAGGUGGGAAAAGCUAGAGCCAGAGCAGGUUUCUCUGCCUGUGAUUAUGGAGGAGGACCACACUGGCUCUGUUCACAUUGCCAACGUGUCGUCACAGACAUCGGGGCUGUAUCGCUGUUCGGUCACAAACGUUUUGGGCACUCAGAACUGCUACGUGAACCUGUCUGUGUACACCUCUUCACACAGUUCCCCUGGCAUCCUACAGGGGGUGCUGUUGACUCUGUCCAUGGCCCUGGUGCUGUUGGCCCUGCUGGUGCUUGUCUUGUGGCUUCAUCGCUCUGGCCAGGAGAUUAAAUGGAGGGAUGGCGGUGAGGAGGAUGAGUGUUACAAUGAGAUCAGGUACACACCCUCGCUCAUGAAGCGCUCCUUCGUCUGA